AUGUUGGAGCUGAACCUGAGGGCUGUAGGAGUCAGAGGCCAUCCUCUCUCUGGCCGUGGAAUGCCUAUGCCACUGGCUCCUUUCAGUGAAUGUUGGGAAUCAACAGAGAAACCAUCAAAACGAGAAAAUCCACACAAGUAUUUGCUGUACAAGCCGACUUUCAGUCAACUGUAUACAUUUCUUUCUGCAUCUUUUAAGGAGCUGCCUGGAAAUAGCGUCCUCCUGGUCUAUCUAUCAGCUACUGGUGUGUUUCCUACAGGCCGUUGUGAUUAUGAAGGUCCAUAUGAUUUUGGUGGGGUGCUGACCAACAAUAAUCGUGAUGCAGGAAGUAUGGAAGUAUUACAAAAACGCAACAAUUCGUUUAAAGAAAUGCAUUGUCUUCAUCCUGGUGAUUUUUUCCCUUUCACACGAAAACCGUUAUUUCUAAUUGUGGACUCUUCAAAUAGUAUAGCAUAUAAGAACUUUAUCAAUUUAUUUGGCCAACCUUUAGUCUGUCUGCUUUCUCCAACAGCAUAUCCCAAAGGUUUACAAGAUCAAACUCAACGUGGCAGCCUUUUCACCCUGUUUCUGUAUAACCCACUGAUGGCAUUUCUGUUUAUGUGUCGACUCACAAGUAUGAGAAAAGGACUGUGGGAUAAAUGUCAGGAAUACCUUCAUAAAAUAUAUAGGGACAUAGCUCACUUGCUGACUAAAUCACGGACUGUGGGUAAGUUAUGUUCCACACCAUAUGAAGAAAUGAACGCAUGAGCAAAUAACCAAAUUAGUUUUAGUAAGAAUAUUGUAUGAUCUGAUCAAUC